UCGCGUGUAACGCUCGAACGUUAAAGAGUACUGAUGCCAAUUUCUGUUCUGUUUACACCACAUGCUGACAUGGCUUGACAUGCGACACUUGCAUUCAUAGUUAAAAUCUAUUAAAUGCGGAUUUGUAGUUUGAGUUGUUGCUGUGGCAACCACGAGAAACGUGCAAUUAAGCUCUCAUUAGCUGCCUAGCUGAGCAAAGGACACGCCAUUCUCCACGUUAGGAUGUGCUCUGUUGAACGCUUGGAUGUUUUGCGGAAACAGAACAAAGAGCUGCUAAAGAAACUAAAGAAUCAGAGCGAAAAGUUCCAGAGCCUAACGACAGCGUAUCCGUGCAAAGGAGAGCAAAAGCACAGCUCGAGUGGCUCCGUGUUUGAGACGAGAGACGAGCCGCAGCGGGGCGCGAGACGCCUUAGCGUAUCUGAUGCCGUUGUCACCUUCGGCGCGAGCCAUCCAAACCCUGCGCGAGACGCGCUGCAGUGUUUGGCCAGUGAAGUCUGUAAAGCAUCUACACCAACUGGGCAUGUAAGCAGACCCUCAGAAGACACAACACACAGCCAUCUCCUGCAAGACCGAGGGAAGCGUCCUCCACACGGGCAGUCAGUCGAUAUGGAACAGAAACCAUCUGUGUCUACGGGUGUCUCACUGGACAGGGAUUGGUGUCCACGUGUUGUGUUGCAGGGGGUCACGUCUCUGUCUCCUGGUCAGCAACUAGAGACUGAACAUGAGAGACAACUUAUCCAGCCUUUACUUGGCUAUGACUGGAUCGCUGGCCUCCUUGAUGCAGAGAGCUCUCUGACUGAGCGCUCAGAACAAUUCUUCAGUGAGCUUCGCAGUUUUCGGCAAGUCAACAAGGAUGAAUGUGUCCACAGCACAUCCUCUGGGCUUCCUGUUGUUCCAGUCACUUUGUCAUCCCCAGUAGAAAGUGAACAUGCGCACGCAUCGGACUCCCACCAAUGCACAUUCUGUUACCAGAUAAACAGCCGUCUGUUUGCGGUUCCUCUGGGUUCCCAAGCUGCUUGUCCCAUAUGCAAGAUGCCCAAAGCCAAACACCCACAUGAUGAGCAAGAGCCUGCCUUUGUUAGGGUCAGCAUUCCUCGCUCAACGCUUCUGCCCGCAUAUCGCUACAAAGCCCGUCGACGCAGCUUUGACCCCUCGGACAGCCUCGGGUUGUCCUCGCAUUGUUUGUCUGGAUGGUCAAACUCCACCCUCAAACUGAGUUCCCAGAUGAGCAGUUUGGAUCUCCGAAGCUCCGUGGAGGUUGGACUGACUAAACUGAUAGCCACAUCAGCUUUAUGCAACAAUCGACCGGUAAGAACAUACGGCAGAGUUUUUAACUAUGGUCAUCCAUCAUUGUCUUUUGUUUUUCUCUUUUCAGUGAUUUCUUUACUAUCUAUUGUCCCUUUAUCUUUGUCCUUAAAUUAUGGCAACAGUUCCACAACUUCCAGAGGUCUUUGUAGCUUUUGCGCACAUGAUGGCAGCGUAACGGGACAGACGAGUAGUUUCAUGGCCUACUCCACACUAACGUGGGUAAACCCUCAGCUAUGGCGGUGAGGCUCAGCAUCCCUCCAGUUUUUACUCUUUAGUAGUAAUUAGCUUACUGGUUACCAGAUUAUUUACCACAAACUGUCAGGGGAGUAGCUCCUACAGCCGGCAGGUGCUACUUCAUAUCGGUUCCAAUGGCAUAAAUAGUUUAUUUAGUGAUCUAAAGGUCCCUCAGGAAAUCUCCAUAACGCUGUGGGCUGUUCAACCGAACCCCUCACCUGGGUGCAGCAAGUGAAGGCAGGGAUCGUAAACAAAAGUGAGGAUAGUGUCGUUGACCUACAUUUGUAUUGUCACUUAUUUUGUUAUAGUUUGGCAUAGUUUUUGUUAAAGGGGCUGUGGUAGCUCAGGGGUGAAUGUACUUGACUUCUAACUGAAAGGUGUAAUUGGAAGGAUGCUGGUUCAAGCUCCACCACUGCCCAGUUGCCACUGUUGGCCCCUGAGCAAGACCCUUAAUCCUCAAUUACUCAAA